CCGGAGAAGGCCCAGAUGCAAAGCAAAGGCAGUAACCAGGGCGACGGCCCAGCGGCACAGCAGCGCCAGCCUUCCUCCUCCUCCUCCUCCUCCACCUCCUCGACCCCCUCGCCAAUGGCACCGAUUGGGGCCGAAGGGGGCAAUGGGCGCCACGUGUCCCCCGAAGGAGCUUUGGGCCGGAACGCGCAGCAGCAGCUGCAGGAAGAGAUGGAGAAACUGCGGGAGGAGAACGAGACCCUCAAGAAUGAGAUAGAUGAGCUGAGGACUGAGAUGGAUGAGAUGAGAGACAGCUUCUUUGAAGAGGAUGCUUGCCAGCUACAGGAGAUGCGGCAUGAGCUGGAGAGAGCCAACAAGAAUUGCAGGAUCCUCCAGUAUCGUCUUCGAAAGGCAGAACGCAAGAGGCUCCGCUAUGCCCAAACUGGGGAAGUAGAUGGAGAACUUUUGCGUAGUUUGGAGCAGGACUUGAAGGUUGCAAAGGAUGUUUCAGUGAGACUUCACCAUGAAUUGGAAAAUGUGGAAGAAAAACGCACCACCACAGAAGAUGAAAAUGAAAAAUUAAGGCAGCAGCUAAUAGAAGUGGAGAUUGCUAAGCAGGCUCUGCAGAAUGAAUUUGACAAGAUGAAAGAGCAGUCCCUGAAAAGAAGAGGAAGCAAAGACCUGCAGAAAUCAGAAAAAAAGCAACAGACACCCACUGAAGAAGACAAUGAAGAUUUGAAAUGCCAGUUACAGUUUGCAAAAGAGGAGGCUGCCCUGAUGAGGAAAAAGUUGGCCAAAAUAGACAAGGAAAAGGACAGAUUUGAACAUGACCUGCAAAAAUAUAGGUCAUUUUAUGGUGAUCUAGAUAGUCCUUUGCCAAAAGGAGAAGCUGGAGGCCCACCUACCACAAGAGAGGCAGAACUCAAGCUUCGUCUAAGAUUAGUAGAGGAAGAAGCCAAUAUUUUGGGACGGAAAAUAGUAGAACUGGAAGUAGAAAACAGAGGGCUGAAAGCAGAGCUUGAUGACUUACGAGGAGAUGAUUUCUCUGGGGCAGCCAAUCCCCUCAUGGGAGAGCAGAAUGAAUCUCUUUCAGAGUUACGACAACAUCUGCAGUUAGUUGAGGAUGAAACAGAACUGUUGAGAAGAAACUUGGCUGAUGUAGAGGAACAAAACAAGCGCAUCACAGCAGAGCUGAACAAAUAUAAAUACAAGACUGGGGCUCAUGACAGCUCAAGGCACCACGACAGUGUCAAAACUGAAGCACUGCAAGAAGAACUCAAAGCUGCACGCAUGCAGAUCAAUGAACUCAGUGGUAAAGUCAUGCAACUUCAAUAUGAGAACAGAGUCUUGAUGUCCAACAUGCAGCGCUAUGAUCUGGCCUCUCAUCUGGGGAUCCGAGGCAGUCCUAGAGACAGCGAUGCUGAAAGUGAUGCAGGGAAAAAAGAAAGUGAUGAUGAUUCUCGUCCUCCACAUCGCAAAAGAGAAGGCCCUAUUGGUGGGGAAAGUGACUCAGAGGAGGUCCGUAACAUCCGUUGCUUGACUCCAACUAGAACUUUCUAUCCAACACCUGCAGGAUGGCAGAAAAGCUUUACAGAUCGGCAGCAAAUGAAGGACAUCCGCUGUGAAGCAGAACGCUUAGCCAAGACAAUAGAUCGCCUGAUUUCAGACACAAGCACCAUAAUAACAGAGGCAAGAAUUUAUGUAGCAAAUGGAGACCUGUUUGCACUUAUGGAUGAUGAAGAUGACGGCAGUAGGAUACGAGAGCAUGAACUGCUUUAUCGGAUAAAUGCCCAGAUGAAGGCAUUUAGGAAAGAGCUCCAGGCCUUUAUUGACAGACUAGAAGUUCCAAAGUCUUCAGAGGAUCGAAGUACAGAUGAACCUUUGUCAGUGAGUCAGAUGUUCCAGCCUAUCAUUUUACUUAUUCUCAUCCUUGUCUUAUUUUCAUCCCUUUCUUAUGCAACAAUAUUUAAACUUGUCUUCCUGUUCACACUGUUCUUUGUGCUGUAG